GCGGCUGAGCGCUGACUGGAGCGAGCGGCGGAGCGGAGAGCCGGGCUGGGGGUUGGCGCUGAGGCAGCUGGCGGGGCGGCCCGCGGGGCAGGGCAGAUGUUUCUGGGCCAGAUGAAGCCUGAGGAGCCUUCCAGCUCUAAGAUAGGAUAGUAAAACUCCUAAGUCCGGAUCUGCAGAAGACUUGCCUGCCUCUCAGCACGAUGUCAGGAAGCCACGUACCUUCUGCCAGUGGCCCCUUCUCAGCCCUGACUCCAAGCAUAUGGCCUCAGGAGAUCCUGGUCAAGUACAUGCAGAAGGAGUCAGAGGAGCAACCGGAGUUCUACUAUGAUGAGUUCGGUUUCCGUGUGGACAAGGAAGAAGGUGCUGAGCCUGGCUCCAGUCCACUGAUGAAUGUCUGUCUGAUGGAAGACCCUCCGCAGAGGCUGCGUUGGCAGGCCCACCUGGAGUUCACUCAUAACCAUGAUGUGGGGGAUCUCACUUGGGACAAGAUUGCAGUCUCCCUCCCACGCUCUGAGAAGCUGCGCUCCCUGGUGCUGGCUGGCAUCCCACACAGUAUGAGGCCGCAGUUGUGGAUGCGGCUUUCUGGGGCCCUGCAGAAGAAGAAGAACUCCGAACUGUCCUACCGUGAGAUUGUGAAGAACAGCUCCAAUGAUGAAACCAUUGCUGCCAAACAGAUUGAGAAGGACCUACUCCGCACCAUGCCCAGCAACGCCUGCUUCGCCAGCAUGAACAGUGUCGGGGUGCCCCGCCUGCGCAGGGUCCUCCGAGCUCUGGCCUGGCUCUACCCAGAGAUUGGCUACUGCCAGGGCACGGGCAUGGUGGCUGCCUGCCUCCUGCUCUUCCUGGAGGAGGAGGACACCUUCUGGAUGAUGUGCUCCAUCAUCGAGGACCUGCUCCCAGCCUCCUACUUCAGCACCACCCUGCUGGGCGUGCAGACUGACCAGCGGGUCCUGCGCCACCUCAUUGUCCAGUACCUGCCUCGCCUGGACAAGCUGCUCCAAGAGCAUGACAUCGAGCUGUCCCUGAUCACGCUGCACUGGUUCCUCACGGCUUUUGCCAGUGUGGUGCACAUCAGGCUGCUGCUGCGGAUCUGGGACCUGUUUUUCUACGAGGGGUCUCUGGUGCUGUUUCAGACCACGCUGGGCAUGCUGCGCCUCAAGGAGGAGGAGCUGAUCCAGUCAGAGAACUCGGCCUCCAUCUUCAACACACUGUCGGAUAUCCCAUCGCAGAUUGAGGACGCGGAGCUGCUGCUGGGGGAGGCCAUGCGGCUGGCUGGCUCCCUCACAGAUGUGGCUGUGGAGACCCAGCGCCGCAAACACCUGGCCUACCUCAUCGCAGACCAGGGCCAGCUCCUGGGCACCAGUGCUGCCACCAGCCUCUCACAGGUCGUGCGGCGCAGGAGGCAGCGCAGGAAGUCCGCCCUCACCUCCCUGCUCUUUGAGGGCCUGAGGCGGGGGCUAUGGUCGCAUCGCUCUCUGGGCCUCCUAGGGGAGGAUGACCUGGAGGCACUCAAGGCCAAGAACAUCAAGCAGACAGAGCUGGUGGCCGACCUCCGGGAAGCCAUCCUGCGCGUGGCGUGCCAUUUCCAGUGCACAGACCCCAAAAACUGCAGCGUGGAGCUGACACCAGACUACAGCAUGGAGAGCCACCAACGGGACCACGAGAACUAUGUGGCAUGUUCACGCAGCCACCGGCGCCGGGCCAAGGCCCUGCUGGACUUUGAGCGGCACGAUGACGACGAGCUGGGCUUCCGCAAGAACGAUAUCAUCACGAUUAUCUCACAGAAGGACGAGCACUGCUGGGUGGGGGAACUGAAUGGCCUGAGAGGCUGGUUUCCAGCCAAGUUUGUGGAAGUCCUGGAUGAACGGAGCAAGGAGUACUCCAUUGCGGGGGACGACUCGGUGACAGAGGGGGUCACGGAUCUCGUGCGAGGGACCCUCUGCCCAGCUCUUAAGGCCCUGUUUGAACAUGGGUUGAAGAAGCCGUCCCUGCUUGGGGGUGCCUGCCACCCCUGGCUGUUUAUCGAGGAAGCAGCAGGCCGGGAGGUCGAGAGGGACUUCGACUCCGUGUAUUCCCGCCUGGUGCUCUGUAAGACAUACAGGUUGGAUGAAGAUGGCAAAGUCCUGACCCCAGAGGAGCUGCUCUACCGGGCUGUGCAGUCCGUGAACGUGAGUCACGAUGCAGUGCAUGCGCAGAUGGACGUCAAACUCCGCUCCCUGAUCUGCGUGGGGCUCAAUGAGCAGGUGCUGCACCUGUGGCUGGAGGUGCUCUGCUCCAGCCUGCCGACCGUGGAGAAGUGGUACCAGCCCUGGUCCUUCCUGCGCAGCCCUGGCUGGGUCCAGAUCAAGUGCGAACUCCGCGUUCUCUGCUGCUUUGCUUUCAGCCUUUCCCAGGACUGGGAGCUCCCCGUCAAGAGAGAGGAGGAGAAGCAGCCCCUGAAGGAGGGUGUUCAGGACAUGCUGGUGAAGCACCACCUGUUCAGCUGGGACAUAGACGGGUGACACUCUUCCUCCAGCUGCCCUGUCACACCUAGGCCUCCCUCAACCCAUCAACUACCAAAGCAAGCCCCUCCCUUGAACAGGAAGAGCAGCACUGCCCUGGCCAGCCUCAGGCCUGCUGUGGGACUGGGUGUGAGGGGACCCAGGCCCACCCCAAGCUGCAGGGUCCAGGGGAGAGAAACUCUAGAGCCCUGGCUGGGGUCCCAUGAUCAGGGUCCCUCACCCCAGGCUCCCCAGAGCAUCACUGGUGGCAGGAGCAGAAGGUGGGUGCCAGCUCAGCCCCUUUCUCCUGAGUGCCUGGGGAGGGCUCUCCCCUGACAGGGUCCUUAAGGAAGCCCUGGGCCCCAACUACAGUUUGUACCAACCAAACACCUUAUGAGGAGGUGAAGAGCCACAUCUGUCAGUCUUUGCUCAGGAAAGGCAGGUGGGUGGCUAAUGGCAGAUGAAGGCUCCUUGGCCUCUUUGGUUUGUAAAUAAAGUGUGUCUUUGAGAAA